CUAGUGCACACAUCUCUAUCGCCCGGCCUUCUACAUCUGCCCAAUGAAUCAGGAGCGGAUGCGAUGUAUCCUUUUUCAGUGGAGUGAAUGGCCAAUGGGAGUUGGCUUGUCGAGCAAACACUGAGCCCUGCGUUCCCAUUCAUUCAGUGCUGAACAGGCCCGCAGAGCUGGAGAGAGCGCACCGCCGCCUGCGACCCGACGACGCUUUCUUUUUUUUUUGCACAAGAGCGCAGAUUCCCCGCAACAAUAAGUAACAACCAGAACUCAAACUCAACUCUCUGCAGAGGCGCGAAGAGGAGAAACUCUUGGAUAUAAGCUGAAUCGUCUUUGAUUUUUUUUAUUUUCUAUUUUACAACAAUUCAUACGGGACUUCCAGAACUGGGUUGUCUUGCCUGAAGAUCGGCCUCCCAAGUGCGCAGCAGUUCUCCGGGUGCCUUUCCUCCCUCCCUCCCUCCUCCAUCAGAGCUCCACCGUGGAUUUACUGUGGUUUAUCCUGGGACGAAUGCAUGCGUAACCCGCGCCGAACUUUUCUUUAAACUGACUAAGAAAAGGGAAUAACGCAAAGGGAUACACUCGCUCUUGGAUUAACAGGCUGUCUACGUGUGGACAUUGCCCCUUCGUUUUUGGAUGGAGUUUUGGUAGGCUGUUUGGUUGAUGGAUUCGACGUUAUGGAUGGUUGCAUAUAGGUUUUCCGAUGCAUGCCAAGUCUACGGUGAAUGUCGGAAGUGGUGAUCCCCCCAGAUGGAGCUCCAAAGUCAACAUGGCCCCGGCGGUUCAUUAGUGGUGAUCCAGCAGCCUUCCCUAGAGAGCCGGCAGAGGUCGGAUUACGAGCGGGAGCUCCAGCAUGCUGCCAUUCUCUCCCUGGACCAAAUCAAGGCCAUCCGCUCCAGCAACGAGUACACUGAGGGGCCCUCGGUGGUACGGAGGCCCCCUGCGCCUCGCAUGGCCCCCAGGCCCCAGGACAAGCAGGAGAGGACUCACGAGGUCAUCCUCGUCAAUGUGAACAACAAUUAUGAGCACCGGCCAUCAGGUCACCACCAUCAUGUCGGGGGCGGUGUGGUGGUUGUGGCCGGGGGACAGCAGUAUGGCGGGUCCCGGGCACCGGGGCUCAGCCGCUCCACUAGCACAGGAAGUGCUGCCAGUUCAGGGAGCAACAGCAGUGCCUCCUCUGAGCAGGGACUCUUGGCACGCUCGCCCCCCACCAGGCCCGGCAUUAGCUUACAGCACCACCACCGAGCAGAGCGGCCUGUUCGGACUCAGCCCAAGCCCAAGGCCCUUUUACAGCCCCAGCAGGGACCUCACUUCCACCAGCCUCCACUAGAGGCUCCACUCAAGCCCCAGAGCAAAGGGAAAUCAGACUUUUCUGGCAGUGGCAACGGGGUGGUGGCUGCUGCCGGGCACCAGUUCAUCUGUGAGCGCUGUGGGAAGUGCAAGUGCAGCGACUGCACGGCUCCCAGGAGCCUGCCUUCAUGUCUGGCGUGUAAUGGCCAGUGCCUCUGCUCUGCUGAGAGCGCGCUGGAGCACGGCACGUGCAUGUGCCUGGUUAAAGGCAUCUUCUACCACUGCUCCAAUGACGAUGAGGGGGACUCGUGUGCUGACCACCCCUGCUCGCUGUCACGUUCCCACUGCUGCUCUCGUUUCCUGUGCAUGGGAUUAAUGUCGGUACUCUUCCCCUGUCUGCUAUGCUACCCACCUGUCAAGGGGUGUCUGAAGGCGUGCCAGGGCUGCUACGACCGGGUUAACAGGCCCGGCUGUCGCUGCAAGAACUCCAACACUGUCUAUUGCAAACUGGAGAGCUGGGACCCACAGACCCAGGAGAAACCUUCCUGAUCGCCCCUGUGUGUUUGUGAUUGCGUGUGCGCGGGAGACUCUUGAUGUGGAUCUUAUGAUGACAAUGAUAAUGAUGAUGAUAGUCACAAAUUAAUGUUUAUCAAACAUUCUAAGCACCUCCCACCCGCCUCCCCUCCUCACUGCGGAACCCUAAGGAGCUAAGCAAAGGAGUAACGAAAACCACUCAAUUAUUUUUAUUUUUAUUUUUUCUGGAUCAGGACCAUGUUUUUACAGACCAGUGUUUGCCUUAACUGUUUCUAUGUCUAUCCUCAGCUCCUCAUUAACACUAUUUUUUUAUAUGUAUGAAAAAGUUUUUCUUCCGUUUUAGGUAGGCGCUCUCCUCUGGGUGUGUGCGCCCAGCAGGAAGCUGCCUCUCACCAAAUCUGUGAAGGACGAUCUUCUAUAGGGCAAUUAUGUAGCUGUUACCUGGUAUUCAUAGCAAGCAGGUAUGUUUGAAUUAUUGGUUGCUAUACCACACUAAAACCGUGGUUCCUAUGCUCACGUUGCAUUAACGAAAGCACAUCCAUCUCAUAGUAUUUUUCUCCCACUUGGAUAUGUUUCUCUCCUUCCACCCAUCUGAACUCUUCAUACACAUUCUGUGGCAUUCUCCCAUGUUUUUUUUUUCCUUUAUUUUGUGUAAAUUGUAUGAUGCUCAAAAUCCAUAAGAGGAAUUCUGGCUAUUUUUUAAAAGAAAAAUGUCUGUUAAAACAUUUUUUUGUUGUAAAAAAAUAUUUAUUAUGUGAAGCUCUAUUAUUUUAUGAUAUUUAUUGCAAGAGACAGUCUUAAAUUUACUCAUGUCUGAAUAUAACAAAAUAUCAAAUACUUACUGAAAAAUUAAAGGGUGGCACAAAAGAAAACUAUGUUAACUUUAAUGCAGAAAAUAUAUUAAUUAAUGAAAAAAUA